AUGUACAUAUGGUGCAUAUGGCAAUCUGAGGUGUUAAUCAAGGGUGUUAAAAAGAAAGAUUUGAGUCGAGGGAGGGACUCGGGUUUGAGUCGAGAGAGGGACUCGGGUUUGAGUCGAGGGAGGGACUCGGGUUUGAGUCGAGAGAGGGACUCGGGUUUGAGUCGAGAGAGGGACUCGGGUUUGAGUCGAGAGAGGGACUCGGGUUUGAGUCGAGGGAGGGACUCGGAUUUGAGUCGAGGGAGGAACUCAGAUUUGAGUCGAGGGAGGGACUCGGGUUUGAGUCGAGGGAGGGACUCGGGUUUGAGUCGAGGGAGGGACUCGGGUUUGAGUCGAGGGAGGGACUCGGAUUUGAGUCGAGGGAGGAACUCGGAUUUGAGUCGAGGGAGGGACUCGGGUUUGAGUCGAGGGAGGGACUCGGGUUUGAGUCGAGAGAGGGACUCGGGUUUGAGUCGAGGGAGGGACUCGGGUUUGAGUCGAGAGAGGGACUCGGGUUUGAGUCGAGGGAGGGACUCGGAUUUGAGUCGAGGGAGGAACUCAGAUUUGAGUCGAGGGAGGGACUCGGGGACAUUUUAUAUUGAUAUUUAA